AUGGGGUCUCUAUACCUUAAUAUGUUUAGGGGAUGGUGCUUUACUACUAAUUUAAUGCAGCAUCCUAAUGGGAGAAUAGUAGUAGCUUGGAACCCACUGAGUUAUGAUGUGGAUAUUAGAGGGAGCUCGAGCCAAUGGAUGCAUUUUGCUGUCUCAGCCAAAAAUGGUGUUCAGUUGGCCAUUACAGUGGUUUAUGCUUUUAAUGAUAAGUCAGGUAGGAAGAGGCUUUGGGAGGAUUUGGAAAACAUGGCUCAUAGUAUUACUGACCCCUGGAUAGUUAUGGGAGACUUCAAUGCAAUUUUAUCGCCUGAAGAUCGCUUUCCUUAUCAUGGUAAUGGUUCAGAAUUAAUCCCCUUUCAGCACUGUGUAGAGUACUGCAGGUUAAUUGACAUGAAGUUUUCGGGUACUUUUUUUACUUGGAAUAAUAAACAAGGGGGCAAAGACAGGGUGUACGCUAAACUAGAUAGAGUUUUGGCUAAUGAGAGCUGGAUAGGGAAGUUUCAAACUGCUGAAGUAAUUUUUUUCCCUGAGGGUAGCAUGGAUCACAGUCCGUUUAUGGUCAAUUUUGGUUCUCUUCCUGAGAAUAAAAAACCUUUCAAAUUUUUCAACUUCUGGUGUAAUCUUGAAGGCUUUCACAGGACAGUAGCUGAGUGUUGGAGAAAGGAGGUUCAAGGGACCCCAAUGUAUUGUUUGAUAACAAAGCUUAAAAGGCUUAGAGUAGAGUUGAAAAAACUUAAUAGAGAAGGGAAAGAAGAUGUGUUUAUGCAAGAAGCAACGAAAAAUAAGCUGAUGCUUGAGAUCCAAGAUCAAUUACAAUCUGACCCUGGUAAUAACCAGCUGAUAAAAGAGGAGAUUGCAAGAAGGAAAGAGUAUCAGUCGGCUCACAAAAACCUGGUUCAAUUUCUUAAGCAGAAGGUCAAGGAGGAUUGGCUUAAGCAUGGAGAUGAGAAUACUAAGCUUUUCCAUAACAGCAUUCGGCAUAGGCAUACUUAG